GCCAUUUGAAUAUUGUUUAUUUUUUCGGGAAGGGGUUUCAAACAACCGGAUCGCGAUGACCAAACGGAAAUCAGAUGAGUUACAAACCCAAUUUAAAAAAUUCAAGCCUACCGCUUUGAUUCAGAGACCGCCGUUGGAAAAAUAUGAUCCGUCAAAGGACACGCUGAUAUUCCAGGAACUGGAGCUUGAUAAUUACAUAGGACAUCCUUAUCCGGGCAUGCCAGGGCCCCAAAAAGGAUUCCUACCUAUAAUAAGGCUUUUUGGUAUCACAAAGUCGGGGAAUUCCGUCUGCUGCCAUGUGCACGGUUUUUCCCCAUAUUUUUACGUUAACCUUCCUGAAUCGUUUAAGCCUAGCGACUUGGCUCCGUUUAAGACAAAACUGAAUGAUGCCCUGGUGGCCGACAUCAGAGGAGGUAACAAAGAAGGUAUCAUAGACGCUGUCGUAAUGAUAGAAAUGGUGAAAGGAAAAUCAUUGAUAGAGUACUCAGGCGAGGAAGAUGAAAACUUUGCAAAAAUCACAGUGUCUCAGCAUAAAUUCAUACCUGCUGCCAAACGCCUUUUGAGUUCAGUUAUAGUCUACCAGCCUCUAUCAUCUCACUCAUUUCAAUUUUUUGAAGCCAAUGUGGAUAUCGAAACCAGAUUCAUGGUGGACACCAACAUCCUGGGCUGUUGCUGGAUCGAGCUCCCCUCGGGGAGAUGGUUCCCGCGGACUUCCACGUCACAAUUUUCGAAAACCUCAAGGUGCCAAUUGGAGGUGGACGUUUCGUGGCAGGACUUUAUAUCACACGCUCCUGAGGGUGACUGGGCGACCGUGGCGCGUUUCCGGAUUCACAGCUUUGAUAUCGAAUGUGCCGGCAGGAAAGGGAUUUUUCCUGAAGCAAAUGUGGAUCCAGUUAUUCAGAUAGCGAAUGUUAUCCAACUACACGGCGAUGGUGAUGUUUUAACUCGCAACGUGUUCACCUUAAAGUCCUGCGCCCCGAUUGGUCACGCCGACGUCUUCUGCUAUGACAACGAGGUGGACCUUUUAUGCGCCUGGGCAGACUUUGUUCGUGAAUUGGACCCCGACAUUUUCACCGGCUACAAUAUUAACAAUUUUGAUUUUCCUUAUCUGUUAGAACGUGCCACCUAUCUCAAGGUGUCAAAUUUUGAGUACUUGGGGCGCUUGCUCAAUGUCAGGUCUGUAAUAAAAGAGACGGUCACGCAGACAAAGAUAGGCAAGCGAACGUAUAAGACUAUAAAUUUCGAGGGGCGUGUCCCGUACGAUAUGCUGCUGGUGACCAAGCGCGAUUUCAAACUGAGGUCAUACACCCUGAACAGCGUUUGCCAGGAGAUACUGGGCGAGCAGAAGGAAGAUGUGCACUACAGUAUCAUUACGGACCUGCAAAACGGGGACGAGCAAACGAGGAGAAGGUUGGCGGUUUACUGUCUCAAGGACGCCGAAUUGCCUGUUCGUCUGCUGAGGCGCGUGCUCAGUUUCACCAACGACGUCGAAAUGGCCAGGGUGACGGGCGUUCCCAUAACCAGUUUGCUAACCAAGGGCGAACAAGUCAAAGUCGUCGCUCAGCUACUAAGACAUGGCAAGCAAGCGGGAUACUUCAUGCCGUCGCACCAGGGCACCGGAGGUGCUGACCAAUUCGAAGGGGCCACCGUUAUCGAACCAGUCCGGGGAUACUAUACUGACCCCAUAGCAACGCUGGAUUUCAGCUCGCUAUACCCAAGCAUCAUGAUCGCCCACAAUUUAUGCUACAGCACUUUGCUUAAGUCAACGACGGCCAAAACUAAGCUGGGACUGUCCGACGACCAAGUGACCAGGACCCCUGCUAACUGUACAUUCGUUAGGUCUUCGGUCAGGUCGGGUCUGUUGCCCCAAAUCCUGCAGCACCUGCUGGCCGCGCGGAAGAAGACCAAAGCGCUGCUAAAAGAGGCUAAGGAUCCGGUACUGCAGGCGGUACUAAACGGCCGACAGUUGGCCUAUAAAAUAUCGGCCAAUUCCGUGUACGGUUUCACGGGUGCGCAGAAUGGCAAGCUGCCCUGUCUCGAAAUAUCAGGGAGCGUGACGGCAUACGGUCGUGCGAUGAUAGAGCAAACGAAACGCGAGGUGGAAGCGCACUACACUGUAGCCAAUGGCUACGAAAGCGACGCUAAGGUCAUAUACGGCGACACCGACUCGGUCAUGGUCAAUUUCAAGGUCAAAACGUUGGAGCGCAGUAUGGAACUGGGCAGGGAGGCGGCCGAAUCGAUCAGCACCAAGUUUAUUGAUCCCAUCAGGUUGGAAUUCGAAAAGGUCUAUUACCCCUACUUGCUGAUCAACAAGAAACGUUAUGCGGGUCUUUACUUUACUCGCCCUGACAAGUACGACAAAAUGGACUGCAAAGGUAUAGAGACGGUGAGGAGGGACAACUGUCCCCUGGUUGCUGACGUCAUAGGCACCUGUCUACGCAAAUUGUUGAUCGAUCGCGAUCCCGGAGGAGCCACGAACUACGCGAAACAGGUGAUAUCGGACUUGCUUCAGAACAACGUGGACAUUUCACAGCUGGUGAUCACCAAGGAGCUGACAAAGAACGAUUACGCAGGAAAGCAGGCACACGUCGAGCUGAUGAAAAAAAUUAAGAAGCGGGACCCCGGAAACGCCCCCAAGGUGGGCGACCGGAUACCGUACGUCAUCACGGCCUCCACGAAGAACGCGAAAGCAUUUGAAAAGGCGGAGGACCCAAUCUACGUGCUGGAGAACAGUAUACCGAUUGAUGCGAAAUAUUACCUCGAGAAUCAGCUGUCGAAACCGCUCGUGAGGAUUUUCCAGCCUAUAUUGGGCGACAACGCAGAAUCCAUACUGCUGAGGGGGGAACACACCCGUACCAAAACAGUGGUAACAUCGAAAGUUGGUGCGUUGGCAGGGUUCGCGAAAAAGAAAGAAAUUUGUCUGGGAUGCAAAUCGGUGUUGCCUAAAGAUAGGGAGACGGAGGCGGUAUGUGCAUAUUGCCGCCCCAAGGAGUCGACCAUUUAUCAGCAAGAGUUAGGCCACCACCGUAUGCUGGAAAACAGGUUCUCGGAGCUUUUUACGGAGUGCCAGAGGUGCCAAGGCUCGUUGCACGAGGAGAUUUUGUGCACUAGCAGGGAUUGCCCAAUAUUCUAUAUACGGAAAAAGGUUCAGAUGGAGUUGGAGAGCUCAAAAAUGAAGAUUGCCAGGUUCGGGAAACCGGUGCUCCAAGACGAUGAAAUGCUCUCGAAUUAAACAUAUACUUUAAUCGAUUUUAAAUAAACAGUUUUCAAUUUUA